CAUUCCGCCCACACAAACACGACCAUUCCGGAAACCUGCUAAACUUUAACUCCUGCUUUCAUGGCACAUUUUUGCCUGAAUGACAGUCUGAAUAUCAUUGAUGGGUUGACGGCGUGUUGACUGGAAUCGAGACACGGCUAAUCGAGAUGGCGCUAUGGAUCCAGGCUCAGCAGUUACAGGGCGAUGCCCUACAUCAGAUGCAGGCGCUUUAUGGCCAGCACUUCCCCAUAGAAGUGCGCCAUUACCUGGCCCAGUGGAUUGAGACCCAGCCUUGGGAUGCCAUAGAUGUGGAGAAGCAGCAGGAGGAGUUUAAGGCAAAGCGUCUUUUGGAAAGUCUGAUCCAGGAGCUGCAGAGGAGGGCAGAGCAUCAGGCGGGGGAGGAUGGCUUUCUGCUCAAGAUCAAACUGGGACAUUACGCCACCCAGCUAAAGGGCACGUAUGAAGCAUGUCCCAUGGAGCUGGUGCGAUGUAUCAAACACAUCCUCUACACAGAGCAGAGACUCGUCCAGGAGGCUUCUAACGUGAGCUCUGCAGGGGGUGGGGCUACGGAUGCUACACCUCAGAAAUACCAGCAAAUCAACCAGAUGUUUGAGGAGCUGCGGGCCAUGACACAGGAAACGGAGAAUGACCUGCGGAAACUCCAGCACAGCCAGGAGUACUUCAUCAUCCAGUACCAGGAGAGCCUCAGGAUCCAGGCUCAGUUGAGUAGUUUAGCGAGUUUGGCACCGGCUGAGCGCGUGCAGAGAGAGACGAGUCUGCAGAGCAGGAAAGCUACAUUAGAGACCUGGAUAACCCGAGAGGCUAACACGCUGCAGAAAUACAGACAGGACUUGGCAGAGAAGCACCAAAGGACACUGGCAUUAUUGCGGAAACAGCAGACGGUGAUCGUGGAUGAUGAACUGAUCCAGUGGAAGAGACGACAACAACUUGCUGGAAAUGGGGGACCUUCAGAAGGAAGUCUGGACAUCCUGCAGUCCUGGUGUGAGAAGUUGGCCGACAUGGUUUGGCAGAACCGACAGCAGCUUCGACGUGUUGAUCACUUAACACAACAACUCCCCAUCCCCGGCCCUACAGAGGAACUGCUCAAAGAACUUAACGCUACCAUCACCGAUAUCAUCUCGGCACUUGUCACUAGCACAUUCAUCAUAGAGAAACAGCCUCCGCAGGUGUUAAAGACACAGACCAAGUUUGCCACAACGGUACGCCUGCUGGUUGGGGGAAAACUCAACGUCCACAUGAACCCCCCGCAGGUGAAGGCCACCAUCAUCAACGAACAGCAGGCCAAGGCUUUGCUGAAGAACGAGAGCACUAGGAAAAUGUUUGAAGACAAGAACAAGGUCCAAAAAAGUGACAGUAGUGGGGAAAUCUUGAACAACAACUGUGUGAUGGAGUAUCACCAAACCACAGGCACUCUGAGUGCACACUUCAGGAACAUGUCUCUGAAGCGCAUCAAACGCUCGGACAGACGUGGCGCAGAGUCGGUGACGGAGGAGAAGUUCACCGUCCUGUUCGAGUCGCAGUUCAGCGUGGGAGGAAACGAGCUCAUGUUUCACGUCAAGACGUUAUCUCUGCCCGUUGUGGUCAUCGUGCACGGUAGUCAAGACAACAACGCCACGGCAACCGUGCUGUGGGACAACGCCUUCUCUGAGCCGGGUCGCGUCCCCUUCGUGGUGCCUGAUAAGGUGUCAUGGCCGCAGCUGUGUGAGGCUCUGAAUAUGAAAUACAAAUCGGAGGUGCAGAGCGAGCGGGGUUUAUCGGAGGAGAACCUGGUGUUCCUGGCACAGAAAGCCUUCAGCAGCUCCAGUAACAACCCUGAGGAUUAUCGCAACAUGACCAUGACCUGGUCCCAGUUUAACCGGGAGAGUUUACCAGGAAGGAACUUCACCUUCUGGCAGUGGUUUGAUGGAGUCAUUGAGCUGAUGAAGAAACACCUGAAGGCUCACUGGAAUGAUGGGGCCAUCCUGGGUUUCCUGAAUAAACAGCAGGCUCAGGAUAUGCUGCUGUCCAAACCGAACGGCACGUUCCUGCUGCGCUUCAGCGACUCUGAGAUCGGAGGGAUCACCAUCGCCUGGGUGGCGGAGAACCCCAACAAAGCAGGCGAGAGGAUGGUGUGGAACCUGAUGCCUUUCACCACAAAAGAUUUCUCCAUCCGCUCCCUGGCUGACCGCAUCAGUGACCUGAACCACCUGCUGUUCCUUUACCCCAACCAGCCCAAAGACGAGGUGUUCUCCCGCUACUGCACGCCACCCAACUCUAAAGCGGUGGGAGACGGCUACGUCAAACCAGAGAUCAAACAAGUGGUCAAAGUCGAGUUCGCCUCGUCUAAUACCGAGCAGUCUCUUGGAAACCCCACCUUCAUGGACUCCUCCCCCACCAUCACUCAGCCAGGCAGUUUUACAGUCUACCCUUCUAUCAGUGACCCAAUCCUGGAUGAAAGCGGAGACUUCGAUCUGGACGAAACGAUGGACAUGGCCAGGCAGGUGGAGGAAUUCCUCAGUCAGCCUUCAGAGGCGCAGUGGAGCGGACAGCAGUCGUGACCUUUGAACUACACAGAGUGACCCCUGGGGUUGCAUUCCAUUUUUUUUCCCCCUUGUCAGUGUUUAUUUGUUGUCUUCAUCGUCGUUCAUUUGUUUUCGUCGUUUUUGUCUUUUAUUUGUUUUUUUAAACAAAUGUGAAAUCGCUCGAUAGCUCGCUAACGUCUUUGCGAUGUUAUUCGUGACGCUGCUUCUUUGCAUGAUGACAGUGCGUGCGUAGCAUAUCUGUUUUGCUAGCCAACUGACCAGGAUUGAAACCGGGAGAGAACAAGGCAUUCCGGGAAAUGUUUUAUAUUAAAUAUUUAAAAAAAAAAAAAAAAAA